CAUAUUACUCGCAACUCUCCCGUUUCUCUUGAGUCUUCCUGUUUUCUACUUUUUUAUCGUCUUUUUAAUACAGGCCCGUGAUAAUUUUGAGCUCGUUGAUCCAAAUCCUCCUCCAACAACGUCACCUAAUAUCUACUGUGACGAGACGGCUUGAAACACCAACGUAAUAAUCAAGGCAAUGCCGCCACAUUCAAAUUCUCCUCUGCUUCCCAUCUCCACGCCCACAGCUAUCGCAUCGCCAUAUGAGCAACCACCGCCUCCUGCUCCUACAGCAGCGAACCAUGUUCAGCGGUUCGCCAUCACGACUUUCUCUCUCGCCCGUUUCGCCCGCGGUGUCUCCUUAAUAGCAUACCCACGGUUUGGCCUCUGGGCCCUCGAUAUCGCACCUGAUGGUUCAGCAUAUAUGCUCGCUAGUCUAAUUGGCAUUCGCGAUAUUCUCCUCUCGGGGCUUUUGUACACGAGCGAUACUACAAACGCUGCGACGGACUCGGCUGCUCGUCGCGAAGUAACCCGUGCGCUUGCGACGAACUUGUUCAGCGAUGCGCUCGAUGCUUUUGUGCUGAUAUUCUACGCUGCGUGGUCCGAUGAUUGGGGAAAUCCGAUUGCGGUUAUCGUCAUCUCUGCUGUCAUGGCCAUCUUUGAACAUCUGACGCUGUGGAGCUUGAGCGAGGAUGAUUGGGCUGCGCAUGAGUAUGGGAGUCUGGGCGAUGAUAAGAAGGCGAGGAUGAAUGCUUGGCUCCGAGAGUUGGAACGUUGUGGCCCUGAGACGUAUCGACCUGAACAGUCUGUUCCGCCAUCAUCGCGAGCAUCGUUCAGACAGUAUGGAGCUAUUGUUUAGAUGUUGAUGAGCUAUGGGUUUGAUGAAGAAAAGUUACGGCUGUUGUGUCUAUUCUGCGUGGCGUUCAUGGCUUGUCUGCAUCUGGGUCGUUUUCAAGAUGGUUGGUCGUUUGGAGUCGGGAGUGCAUGUUGCAUGACUGAAUCAUGGUGAUGUUUUCUGCGAUGCAUCUGGUUAUGCAGUUUAUACCUUCAAUACCAUUGCUUUUGAGUUUGACAUUUGUUGUGGGCGGGGACUACUGGAGGUGAAUAUGUCUGGUCUGUGUUUUCAUAUGCUACAGAGGUGACGAUAGACUCAUCGUAG